AUUUUGUAUAAAUAAUAACAUAUCAAACUGAAAGUUUUGUAAUGAAAUUUACUGUUAUUCUUUUGUUGGCGGUGGCUAUUGUAGGACAGCAAAAAGCAAGUGCGAGGAACUUGCUGGGCGACCUGGGACAAGCCUUUGGUAAUUUUGGCAAUCAGAUUGGACAGGAAGCCUCGAACUUUGGCAAUGCAGUGGGUCAGGCGGCAUCUCAAUUUGGCAAUGAUGUCGGAAAGUCUGCAGAUAAUCUAGGAAAUGAUGUUUCCAGUGGCGAGGCAAACGAUACAAUAAUCGUAAUUGUUGGUAAAAAUGUGGCGUCUUCUGCUUCCAAUGUUGCCCAUAAUGUGGAUUCUGCAGCUUCCAAUGUUGGCCAAAAUGUGGCAUCAGAUGCUUCAAAUGUUGCCCAUAACGUCGCUUCCGCUGCUUCCGAUGUUGGUCAAAAUGUGGCAUCUGCAGCUUCCAACGUGGCUAAUAAUGUGGCGUCUUCUGCUUCCAAUGUUGCCCAUAAUGUGGAUUCUGCAGCUUCUAAUGUUGGCCAAAAUGUGGCAUCAGAUGCUUCAAAUGUUGCCCAUAACGUCGCUUCCGCUGCUUCCGAUGUUGGUCAAAAUGUGGCAUCUGCAGCUUCCAACGUGGCUAAUAAUGUGGCGUCAUCUGCUUCCAAUGUUGCCCAUAAUGUGGAUUCUGCAGCUUCCAAUGUUGCCCAUAAUGUGGAUUCUUCUGCUUCCAAUGUUGCCCAUAAUGUGGAUUCUGCAGCUUCCAAUAUAGGCCAAAAUGUGGCAUCAGAUGCUACAAAUGUUGCCCAUAACGUCGCUUCCGCUGCUUCCAAUGUUGGCCAAAAUGUGGAUUCUGCAGCUUCCAAUGUUGGCCAAAAUGUGGCAUCAGAUGCUUCUAAUGUUGCCAAUAACGUCGCUUCCGCUGCUUCCGAUGUUGGUCAAAAUGUGGCAUCUGCAGCUUCCAACGUGGCUAAUAAUGUGGCGUCUUCUGCUUCCAAUGUUGCCCAUAAUGUGGAUUCUGCAGCUUCCAAUGUUGGCAAAACUGUAUCAUCCGAUGCUUCAAACGUGGCUAUAACUAUAGCAAAGGAAGCUUCUAAUAUGACCGACAAUAUUGCCUCCGAUGCUGGACACAUUGCCACUGAUGCUGCCGGUGCUGCUGUCGGCGUUGCUGGUGCUGCAACACAUGUUGCUGCGGGUGUGGUAGAUGGUGCACUCAAUAUUACCAGUAAUCUACUUAAUGGUAUUGGCAACUUACUUUAAAGAUAAUAUCCUAAUAUUUAAUCGUAAACACAUAAUAAUUAAGGGAUUAUUGCAUUAAAAUUGUUAUUAUUGUUUUCAUUUGCGCACAUAGUAAGUAGUACUUAGUAAGUACUUAUUUUCAGGAACUUUGUCAGCCUGAAUAGAAAUCACAAACAUACGCAAUUUCCCAUAUCAAUAAUAAACAACUAGAUUAUAAGUAA